AUGGCAUCUUCUACCCCUGCCCUUUCUGCACAGGAAUUGCAGACCCUAUCAUCGAAAGCCAUUGCUGCCAAAGCCACAGCAUAUUGUCCUUAUUCCAAAUUCCGAGUUGGAGCAUGCAUUCUCACCCAGUCGGGUGAGUACAUCUCUGGUGCCAAUGUUGAAAACGCCUCGUACCCUGUGGGCACAUGUGCGGAAAGAGUAGCGUUUGGGACUGCAGUUGUUGCUGGACACAGAAAUUUUAAGGCUAUUGCUGUUGCUACGGACGUUAAGCCGGGGGCAUCGCCAUGUGGCAUGUGCAGACAAUUUAUGAGCGAGUUCACAAGCCCUUCGUUCCUCAUUUAUAUGUAUGAUGGGGAAGACAGCUAUAGUAUCACAACAAUGCGUGAGGUAUGA